UUUCUGUUUUGUAGCCAAUCAAAGAGCCGUCGUCGGCAGCCGGUGACGCUCAAACUAUCAACAGACAGCGGACUUAGUGAAGAUGUUUCAACAGUGUUUGUGCUGAGGAGCUGUAAUUAAAGCCCACAGUUCUGAUUUCUGCACAACUGAAGCGCUGUUACAGGCGGAGUCAUUACGAUGUCCUACAGGCGCACCAAGGAGGAGCUGGAUGCUGAGUUUGAGAAGUUCCUGAAAGAGUCUGUUUCAGAUGACUCUGUGGAUUUGGGCAGCCCUGAUAAACAGCCAGUCACCAGCAGCCAGAAAGCCAGUCAGAAAGCAACAGUGUCAUGGUGGCAAGAUGAUGAGGUCAGCAGUGGAGCAGAGUCUUCCAAACGAAGGUUUAUUAAAACCAAAGAGCCCCCGACUGAGAACAAGGAAUGUGACAGGUUAGAGCAGGAGCCAAGGCAGAGUCCUGCUGUUUGCAGGCAGAGCAGCAGGGACGUGAUCUCUAUAGUUUCAUCUAGUAACAGCCCAGCUGCCAGCAGUGAGUCCCACCACAAGCCUGUUCCCAAACCUCGCAGCAAGGCUCCAGAUACACACAUCCAAUCUGAGAUGAUCCUCAAAGAGAAGGAUCUGGAUAUUUCCCAGAGUCAGGAAAAAGACCGAGCUUCGUCAGAAAGUCAAAUCAGUUCCACUCAUGAAAACCUCCAGAAGGUGGCAGAGAGGAGUCCUGAUGAAGCUAAAGACAUUGCAGCAGCUAACGAUGGAGCAUCCCAUGGGAACGAUGAUGCUUUUCCAGGAUCUGGAAAGUCUUUUAGAAAGUCUUUGAGGGGCUCUCAGCCUAUUCAAGAGGAGGGGGAAGACACAGAAGGUUCUGGGCUGAGGGACAGCAGAGGCAGCUCAGAGAGAGAGCAACCAGUGCUGGCUCCAGCUGGGAACCUGAGCAGUUUGGGCCAGGACACUCUGGAGGAGGAAAAGGAGAAAGCCAGGUUCUUUGCACAGAUAGAGGCAGGAGCUUCAUCAACUGUAGAUUAUUCCAAGCUGAACAGAGAGUUGGAUUCAAGCCCUUCUACCUUUGCCACUGAUCUCAGGAAAAAGGGUGAUCCAGGAGUGGAGCAGAGGAACGAAGAGCAGAGGGAGGCUGGAGCUGGAGAGGCUGAUGGAGAGUCUCCAGCCCAUGCUGGCUCCCCACACUACAGUGAAGAUUUUGAAGAUGUGGACAAUAUAGAAGAGCCACCGGGGGAGGUUUCUCUUCCACAGAACUCUAAAAUGGCCCCAAUUCUUGCGAGAGUUUCUCUCUAUGACUCUUUGGAUGACACUGGUGUGAAGCACAGAGGGAAGGACACAGUCAGCUCACUGGACAGAGGCCAGCUGUACGCACAGAGUGGAGGGUCAGAGGUGGAGGCUCUUCAGGAAGCAUACAGACAGAUUCACUCUGUGGAGGAUUCAGAUGAUCUCUGUCAUUUCUCUCUGGAAGACAGAAAGAGGAGCAACAGGCCAGUUUCUCCACCCCCUCCUCAGCAUCCUCAGCAGUCUCUGCAGCCUGCUUCUACCACUGAGUCAGACUUGCCCACUGCAGAAGAGCUGAUGAGGCCCAUCCGACCAGAAAACAAGCACAUCAGAGGCUUUACACUGCAGCCUGUCAGUGAUGCAGAGCUCCAUCAUGAACAGAAAUCCCGGUACCUGUCCCAGACCUUCACAGUUGGGACUCCAUCACAGUUGGAACUGGAGCAGCCUGGAAAGACUGCUGUUGCUGCUGGAUUAAAAGCAACAAUAAGGCCAACUAGUCACAAGUCCAGAUCCUCAGAACCUCCCUCCCAUGACCUGACAUCCAGUAUCAGGAAGGAAGCAGAAAGACUGAUGCAAGAACAGAAUAAAUGUUCUUCACAAACGUCAUCUCUGGGCAGCAAGGCAAAGAAACAGCCGAUGUCCAGGGUCUCCUCGGUUUCUCAUUCUUCCAUGUUUUCUGAAAGGAAGACGACUCUGGCUCCCUCCAGAGGCAAGGCCAGGGAGGGGAAGGCAGCCGGGAGUUUUAGGUCACCGAAGACAAGCAAAGCUGCUGACACAACCAGAGGCCCCUCCUCCAAACCCAUAGCCACAAAAAAACAAGAGCAAUGUGAUGAUGCAGCAGAGGCAGGUCUGAGGGCGAGCAGUGAGCUGGUGGCAUCUGUUCAGUCCCUGGUGGCUGUCCUCCAACAGCAGAUAGACACCAGCAGCCACCACAGUGCCAUGCAGGAGGUCAAAGGUCCUCAGGACAGCCCAUUUACAGCCCCGCCUCCUCAGACAAUCGAGGAAAAUUCUGUGAUGGAGGCGUUAAGAGUCCAGCUUGCUCAGAAGGAAAAAGAACUGCAGAUGAUGAAGGAUGAAGCAGAGGAGGUCAAUUCACUGAGACAGCAAAACUACCUGCUGCAGAGCAAGCUUCACAGUGCAGAGGAAGCCAGUCAGAAGAGGAGACGGGUGGAGGCUGCAGAUCCCAGCAUGGAGGAGAACUAUCAACAGAUGGCUCAAGACAUCAAAGAGCAGGAGAUACUCAUCAAAGGUUACCAGCAGGAGAACGAAAAGCUGUAUUCACAGAUGAAGGCUCAGCAGGCCAAGAGUAAAGCCAACGAGGAAGCCAUGUUUAAUGAGAACCAGAGGCUGCUGAGCGAGCUGGCUCUAACAAGGGAGCAGCUGAGGAAAACCUCCAGGCCUGUGAGCAGCGUGUGCUCCAUGGAUCACACUAAACGCAUCUCUGACCUGCUGGCUCAAAUCAGCAUCCUUCAGAGGAACCAAGCCAAGCUGUCCGAGGAGAACCACGCACUGCAGCAGGAAAAGCAGUCCCUGGAGGCUGAGCUGAACCUAAUCAAAGCCGAGCGAGCCAUCUCCAGCUCAGGAGAAAAGACAUUUGAGCUGCGAGUCCUGGAGGACCAGCACCAGGAGGAGGUGGCCGCUCUGAAGAAGAAGCUGCAGUGGUUUUCUGAGAACCAGGAGCUGCUGGACAGAGAUGCUGGCAGGCUGAAGGCAGCAACAGCUGAGAUACUCCAGCUCAAAGAACAGGUGGAAAAACUGAAGCAGGAAGUGGGCAAAAGGAGCAGCGAGCAGCAGAGGAAGACCAGACACAGAUCUGCAGACACAAGGAGAAUGCAGGACCUCCAGCGACAGGUAAAGGAACUGGAGCAGAUUCUGAGAAGCAGGAACCCAAAUUCUCUGCCAGCUCUGAUCUAUGCUGCAGCCACAGCUGCUGGGGAGGAGAACGCUGCCUCUCCCAGGACGUCCCCCCCCAGCCGGAUCAACGCUCUGCUGGAGCACCGGAUCCAGCGUCUGGAGUCUGAACUGGAGAGUCACGAUGAAGAGGCCAAGCGGACCCUGCGGGCCAUGGAGCAACAGUUCCACAGAAUCAAGCUGCGCUAUGAGCAACAGAUAUCUGAGCUGGAGCAGCAGCAGGAGCACAGACAGCCGGCUGAAGCAGCAGCAGCUGGAUCAGAGUCCUGGAUGUCUAAAUGUCAGAUCCUGGAGGAAGAGCUGAAGCGUGUCCAGGACAGCCACCAGCAGAAAGACAAACGUCUCCAGGACCAGAUAGACGCUCUGCAGCAGCAGCUCGCAAAUAAGACGCUGCCGAGUCCAGGGCGCCACCAGCGCCAAGCGGAGGCUGCGUUUGGCGUGCGGAUAGAGCGACUGAACCAGGAGCUGGCCACCAAGACACGGAGCAUCCAGGAGCUGAGCCGCACCGUAGAGAGGCUGCAGAAGGAGCGCAGCAGCAUGCUGUCUGCAGCCCGCCAGCCAUCAGAAAGACGAUCAGCAGACGGCAGAACACACGCAGGGCAGACCAAACCUCGGCGCUCUGCUGCCACAACAGAACCAAAGCCAGAGGGAGAAACGUUUCCUGCAGCCCAGUAUGAGAAGACCUACCAGCCCACCGUCUUCUCAGGAAGCCACAUCUCAGAGGUGCUGCAGGAGAACGAAGCUCUGCGGCAGCGCGUCCAGCUGCUCCAGCUGCACAGCGAGCAGGAGAAGGAGGAGCUGAAGGCCGGCGCUGCUCAGGCACAGGAGGAGCUGCGCAGGCUGAGAGAAGGCUGUGCAGAGCAGCUGGCCGCUGUGAAGGCAGAACACGGCAGGGUGGUGGAGCGCCUGUGUGCCGCCCACGCCCUGGACCACUCGUCCUCCAAGGUGGCAGAACUGAGCAACAGGCUGAGCAGUCAGGAGCUGCUGAUGAAACAUCUGCACCAGCAGCUGCAGGAGCUGCAGGGAUGUAAAGAGGAACUGUGCGUCUCCAGGAGCAGAGAAGAAGCUCUGCAGAAGCAGCUAACCAGACUCCUGCAGGAGCUGAAGGAGGCCAAAGAAGCCCAGAGCUCUGAGGGGAAGCUUCUGUGCAGCCUGGAGAGGAAGAUCAUCAACAUGGAGCUGCGACACGAGCACAGAGAGAAGGAGCUACAGCAGGUCGUUGCCGAGACGUUUCAGAUGUCAGCUGGUGAUCUGCAAUCAGAAGUGGAGCGAUGGCGCCGACUGGCCCAGGACAAGAGCAGAGAGCUGGAUGCUUUCCGCUCAGAGCUGGACUCCAUCCUGGACAUCCUGAGACACCUCCAAAGACAAGGAGUGGUCCUCCCCACCCCUCAGCCUGUGAUAGCAGCCCACCUCCUUCAGAACCCUUAGUUCUAACCCAUGUGAAGAGCUGAUUAUGCCGAGGCGCCUGUCUGAUUGGGUCCCAGUAAAUCAGCUCUGCAGCCGUCCUGAGGCCACCGGGAGGUUAGACAGGACCGCUCUCUGAUCAGGGAGAAAGUGCUGGAACAGAGGCAAACAGUUUCCAAAUUUCUGUGUUUUGUACCUAAAUUAUUAUUUAUUUCAGCAAUGAUAAACGUUCAGUUCAUAAAGGCUAUUUUAGUACAU